AGUCAUCUAGGGUCGUGUGUGCAUCGCGCUGCAUUCCUCCUCCAGCAACCCGGUCCGACGGUCUACAUCAGACAACCAAGAGAGGACAAGUGCACAGACCAACCUGUCAGCAUGGGAAACCUACCGUUCCCCAUUAGUUUAUUCCAGAGUGACUCAACCAAGUCUGAUGAAGUCGUCACAGAGAGGUUUGUAACCAAAAGAGUCUGUAAUGGUGUUAGUUAUUACUACACUCCUGUCACCGAAGUGGACUUUGCAACAGUACGUCCUGCCAAAGACUCUCAGACUCCCAUAUUGUGUAGCUCCAUCCCAGCUUUGCCCCUCAGCGACCUCUCCUCUGCAGAAUCUUCUGUUUCCCCACUGCUUUCAGAUCCAGCUUCCCACCCUGCCUCCACCUCCCGUCCCCUCCUCGUUUUCUUCGGCUGGCUCGGCGCCCAGCCAGGAGCCGUGGCCAAAUACAGGGACCUGUACCUGGACCGUGGCAUGGACGUGCUCCUGGUCCAGAGCAGAGUAACGCACUUCCUGUGGCCUCGCUGGGGCUUCAGCUACGGGUUGGAGAUUUUGAAUAUUUUGAAAGAGCCUCCAUUCUCUGGCAGAGACAUAGUGGUCCAUUCCUGCUCCAUCGGGGGCUACACUUUCACCCAGAUGCUACGCCACAUCGCCGAAGAGCCAAAACUACAUGCCGAUGUGGCACAGAGGGUGUCGGGGCACGUCUAUGACAGCCUGGUGGUCGGCACGCUGGAGCACAUGGCAACAGGUCUGGGAAAGACUCUGAUGCCUCGAUUGGAGGGACUCGUCCGAAAUCUUGCGCUGCUCUACUUCAGGCUCUUUAAAGCCCACACGGCUGACCUCUACGAGCAAAACAUCCACGUUUUCUACAACAGCCCCGUGACUUGUCCGACCCUCUUCUUCUAUAGUGAAAAUGACGCAUUGUGCAGCCUCGCCGACCUUCAGAAGCUGUUUGAUUUCUGGAGGCAGAGGGGCGUAACGGUGGCCAGCAGGAAGUGGAAGGAGUCCAUCCAUGCCGCCCACCUUCGCUGCCACCCAGAAGAGUACGUCUCCACGUUGCAACACUACUUGAACUCUAUAUGAACUUCCCACUUGCUCGCUUCAUAAUUUAAACCGUUAGCAAUAUUUUUUUCAAAGCACAGCAUGAACUGCACUUAUUUCAUCUCAUAGCUUGUACUUGCGUCAAACAAUGAAACCAGUGCGGUUUAUUUUCUCUGCUUCAGUGAUUUUAUUUUCGUCUAGGUCGGUCACGUUUUAAGUCAUUUUAAAAAGUCAUCGGAACAUUUAAUGUUUGUU